GUCGUCGUGUGCUCUGUGUCAACGACGUGCGUCGUUGACAGAGACAUCAGGGACGUCCGCCAAGCCCUCCACUGCUCGGCCUGCCCGGUCGAGCUCGCCGCUGCGGGCCCAGGCGGCGAGCGCCAGGGGCGGCGGGUUGGGCACCCCCGGGCCGAAGGCUUCGCGCCCGCCCGCGGCGCAGAUGCCGCCCGGGGCCCGCCGGCCGCUCGGCUCGCCCGCGGGCUGGUUCGCCGUCGGCAUCCUGUGGGCGACCGCGCGGAGAGCACAGGACCGGGCGGCCAGGCGCCCGCAGCAGCCCGCGCCGCGCCCCGGCUGCUGGGCGUCGGCGAGCUGGUGGUCGUCGACGGCUUCCUGGAGGGCGAGGCGCUGGAGCGGGCGAGCGGCAUCAUCUCCAGGGGCGCCGCGAAGUCGCAGGCGACCGUGGUGCUCAACGCCAGCACGCAGGGCUACAUGCCCGCCGAGGCAGACAAGGCCUUCCUCCAGGAGGUGCUGGAGAAGAUCCGCGCCUACGCCGAUGCGCACGUGCAUCCCGUGCCCGAUGGCACCGACCCGUAUCCGUUUAAGGGGAGAUAUUUCAUCGACAGUUGGACUUUGCGCCGCUACGUCCAUGAGCACUCCGACGCUAAGCGGGUGCAAGUCCACACGGACACAGAACAGCCAGGACGGUGCCUCUCAGCGUCGCUCGGAUUUGCACGACGAGAAGGACGUCGAAGGUGGAGUACUGGAAGCUUACAAAUGUCCACCCACCGAGAACUGCCGCUCAUUGGUGAUGCAGGACGCUUAUAGGCCGUUCGCUAAGGAGGAUGCUGUUCUGGAGAUUGCAGAGGAGGCCUCGUACAAGCGUGGCCGUGUCGUAUUCUUCUUAGCCUCAACCCCACAUGCAGUAAGCGAACUGAAGAAGGGCAAUCGCGACGUCCUCUUUGUGUGGAUCGGUUGCUAUCCCACGUUGCGUAGCGUGGGCGAUGGAGACGUGGGCCUUGUGACGAAGUUGUUGGAAGAGCGCGCCGACGUCAAUUCUGGAUUCUCCCGUGGGAUGACGCCGCUGCAUUUUGCAGUGGCGGGCGGCCAUAAGCCAGUCACCGAGCUGCUCCUGGAGAAACGAGCAAAUCCGAACGCCGAGGAGUAUUACCUUCUCCGAAGCCCCGUGUUCGCGGCAGCGGAGUCGGGGUCGGCGAACGUUGUGGACAAGCUCGUCGAGUUCGGAGCCGACAUUUGCUUGUCGAAUGCCAAGGGCGUGACGCCGCUGCAGCAGGCCGUGAGCGCAGGGCACGACGCCGUCCGGGACCGACCAAGGAUCGAGGAGGAGGAGGAGGUUGAGGAGGAGGAGGAGGAGGAGGAGGCGGAGGAGGUAGAGGAGCUGCGACCGCUGCAACGCCCGCGGCGCCGCCUUUCAGCCCCCUGGGCCCUGCGGCGCUUGCGGCCUGCCGCUGGAAGCGCGCCGCGAGGAAGCUGACCUCGACCUCGAGGUGCAGCGGGCGGGCUGCCCACGUCUAUUCAUGGACGUGACGGUCCGCUACGCCGUGCCCGGCGACGCGGCUGCGCUGGAGGCGGCGGCCCAGCACGACGGCUCGGUCAACGCUGCUGCCGAGACCGACAAACGGCGGCGCUACCCAGCGGGCGGCCGCUGCCCGUGGCCGCUGCUGCCGCUCGCCUCAGAGACAGGCGGCCGGCUCGGCAAGGCGGCGCUGCAGCACCUCCGCCAGCUCGCCCGCAACCAGGCGCAGCUGGUCGACGAGGACCGGGCCGAGGCGGUGGCCAGCGCCCUGACGCAGCGCUGGGGCGCCGAACUCAGCGUCGCGCUGCACCGCGCGACGGCGCGCCAGCUGCGGAGCGCCCCUGGCGGGGACUGCGCGGCCCGGGCCGCUGAGGUGGGCGCCGCGGCGGGCUAAACGGACGCCGGGAGGCCGGCUGGCUAUUUGGUGGUGCAGCUGUCCUACCGGUUCGUCUUCGUCUCGGCGGAGUACAAAGAGAGGGUGGUGUGUUUUGCCUGUGUGCAUAGACUUGUCUUCAUGCUUGCAGGAGGAGGAGGAGCAGGAGGAGAAG